CCUGAGUCUCAUGGGUAGAGAUUUUUCUGAAGUUCUCAGGUGCCACAUCUUCUCCCUAGUGCCUGAGAUCUAUCUCCCCAAUUACUUUAUAGCCCAAUGAAAUGGGACAGAGAGAAACAGGAUUCAGUGGCCUUUGAGGAUGUGGCUGUCAACUUCACCUUGGAGGAGUGGGCUCUGCUGGAUUAUUCCCAGAAGAAACUCUACAGAGAUGUUAUGCAGGAAAUUUUUACACACUUGGCUUCUAUAGGAAAAAAAUGGGAAGAACAGAACAUUGAAGAUCACUACAAAAAUUACUGCAGAAAUCUAAGCAAUCAUAUUGUAGAGAAAGUUGGUAAAGUUAAAGAAAGUCGUGUCUGUGGAAAAACCCUCAGCCAGAUUCCAAAUCUUAAUGUGAAGGAGAAAAAUUCUUCUGGAGGAAAACCGUGUGAAUGUAGUUUGAGUGAAAACGUUUUCUUGUUUCAUUCAUCCCUAAAUCGGCAUAUCCCAUCUUACAAUGGACCCAAAUCAUAUGCGAAUCAGGAAUGUGGAGAGAAGCCAUAUAAACAUAAGCAAUGUGGGAAAGCCUUCAGUUAUCUCCACUCCAACCAAAUUCAUGAAAGGACUCACAAUGGAGAGAAACCCUAUGAAUGUAAGGAAUGUGGGAAAGCCUUUAUUUCUCUCACACAUGUACAAAGGCACAUGGCAGUGCAUUCUGGAAAUAAACCUUAUGAAUGUAAGGUAUGUGGGAAAGCCUUUGUCUCCUCCAGGUCAUUACAAAUGCAUGAAAGUGCUCACAAUGGAGAGAAUCUCUAUGAAUGUAAACAGUGUGGUAAAGCCUUCAGUUGGUCCAGUUCCUUUCGAAGACAUGAAAGGACUCACACUGUAGGGAAACCCUAUGAAUGUAAGGAAUGUGGAAAAGCCUUCAUUUCUCUUGCAAAGGUUCAGAGACACAUGAUAACACACACUGGAGAUGGACCUUACAAAUGUAAGGUUUGUGGGAAAGCCUUUUACUUCCCAAGCUCAUUUCAAACACAUGAAAGAGCUCACAGUGGAGAAAGACCAUAUGAAUGUAAAAAAUGUGGUAAAGCCUUCAGUUGGUUAAAUUCCUUUCAAAGACAUGAAAGAAUUCACACUGGGGAGAGACCCUGUAAAUGUAAGAAAUGUGGGAAAGCCUUCAUGUCUCUUGCAAAUGUUCAAAGACACAUGAUAGUGCACACUGGAGAUAGACCUUAUAAAUGUAACAUAUGUGGAAAAGGCUUUAAGUAUUCCAGUUCAUUUCAAACCCAUGAAAAGACUCACCAUGAAAGAAAACACUGUGAAUGUAAGGAAUGUGGGAAGGUCUUUAUCUCUCUUGCAAGCAUUCAGAGACACAUGGCACUGCACACUGGAGUGGGACCUUAUAAUUGCAAGAUAUGUGGAAAAGCCUUUGACUAUCCCAGUUCAUUACGAUUACAUGAAAGAACUCACACUGGAGAGAAACCCUUUGAAUGUAAACAAUGUGGUAAAGCCUUUGGUUGGUCCAAAUCCCUCCAAGUACAUGAAAAAAUUCAUAGUGGAGAGAAACCUUAUGAAUGUAAACAAUGUGGUAAAGCCUUUGGUUGGUCCAAAUCCCUCCAAGUACAUGAAAAAAUUCAUAGUGGAGAGAAACCUUAUGAAUCAAUGUGGUAA